AUGGCGACGAAGGGACUUCAGAGCUUCACGAAAAGCUUGAAUGCUUUCCGCACAUCUGUAAAUAGUGCGAGGGAUCCCUUAGCACAAUGUCUCGCACCACAAUUCACAAGGUCAAUGGCAACAGAGGCGCCAUUACCGUUCAGUAAAUCGUCCAGUGAUCUCACACCAGACACCGCAUCCGAUCCAUUCUACCCCCCAGUCCUAACCACCAUCUACAAAUUCCCCACCAUGGAACCCCUCCGCUUCGAAUCUUACCCAAGUAAACAUCUCUACCUGCCUCUCCGACGAGAUCUUCUCCACCGCGCCGUCGUGUUCGAAGGCGAUAACACUCGACAAGGAACUGCAUCUUCCAAAACUCGGUGGGAGGUCCACGGAUCUCAUCGCAAAAUCCGGCCGCAAAAAGGAACCGGUGGCGCUCGUCUGGGCACGCGUCAAUCCCCCAUGCUUGUUGGUGGAGGAAAGUCUUUUGGACCUCACCCCCGAGAUUUCGGGACCGACUUACCGAGAAAAGUAUACGAUGUGGCGUGGCGCACCGCGCUGAGUUGGAGGUAUCGAAAAGGUCAAUUGAUUGUCUGUGAAGAUGGAAUGGGAUUUCAGUAUACAGAAAUGAGAUGGGCUCAGAUGCUAUUUAAGCAUUUGGGCUGGGGAACCUCCGAAAGGGCAAAUAAUAGGACGUUGAUCGUGACGAAUGGUUUCAGGGAGAAACUGGAAAGCGUCGUGCCGGGCCGGGAUGCGAGAGUGCUGGAUGUGAGUGAUGUGGAUGUUAAGGAUUUGUUGGAGUUAUCGAGGGUGGUGAUUGAGAAGAGUGCGUUAGACCGCAUGUUGGAAGAGCAUCAGAGUGAUCUGGUUACGAAGGCUAUGGGUGCUGCGCGAUGA